GAAAUUGUAGUUUUAUGUUGUUAUAUAAACAUUAAUUAUAAUAAUAUGAAAUAACUUUUAAAUGAGUAGAAUAUAAACAUUAUAGAUACAAUUUGAUAGUGAAUAAAGUAUUAAAUAGUAAUGGGAAGAAGAGAAGGGCAGAGCCCAGGAACCCAAGAAGAGACAUUUUAACAAUUUUCUUAUUCUCUCCCUAAAUGGUUAAUUUCUCUUUGCUGCUGUCUCUCGCCUCUCCUCUCCUCUCCUCACGUAACAGCACAGAUUUAUUGUUGCAGAAGAAGAAGAAGAAGAAGAAGAAGACGACGACGACCAUGACGAUAAACAGAUCAUUAUUUCGUUGAUUAGUUUCAGCUUUCUCCCUUAUUAUUCGAAUUCAAUUGAAUCGGCACGGUUCCAACUCGCAUGAAUACAGGCGGUUUUCUUUGAUUUAUUUCACUCUUUUUAUAUCUCUCCUUCUCCUUUGUUCCAAACCUACGAGAAAGCAAGAGUACAUAACCAUGAAGACUUCUCUGAGAAGAUUGCGAGGUGCAAUUCACAGGCAUGGUGGUGGUGAUGCUAAAAGCCGAAGGGAUCUUCGACCUCUCGCUCAAUUAGACGAGCUUGCUAAGGCCUCUCAGGAUAUGCAGGAUAUGAGGGACUGUUAUGAUAGUCUACUUUCUGCAGCCGCAGCUACUGCAAACAGUGCCUAUGAAUUCUCAGAGUCAUUGCGGGAAAUGGGUGCUUGUCUUCUUGAGAAAACUGCAUUGAAUGAUGAUGAGGAAAGUGGUAAAGUUUUACUAAUGUUGGGAAAAGCACAGUUUGAACUCCAGAAAUUUGUUGACAGCUACCGCUCUCACAUAUUCCAGACAAUCACAAGUCCCUCAGAGUCUCUUCUUAAUGAACUUCGAACAGUUGAGGAGAUGAAGCGACAAUGUGAUGAGAAAAGAGAUGUGUACGAGUACAUGGUAAUGAGACAGAGAGAAAAAGGGAGGUCAAAAGACGGGAAAGGAGAGAGCUUUUCUAUCCAGCAGUUACAAGAAGCUCAUAAUGAGUAUGAUGAAGAGGCAACUUUAUUUGUUUUUCGUCUGAAAUCUCUGAAGCAAGGACAGUCCCGAAGUCUUCUGACACAGGCAGCUCGGCACCAUGCAGCUCAGUUGUGCUUCUUCAAGAAGGCUCUUAAAUCUCUUGAAGCAAUAGAGCCGCAUGUGAAGUUCGUCACUGAACAGCAGCAUAUAGAUUACCAAUUCAGUGGACUUGAGGAUGAGGAUGGGGAUGAUGGCAAUGAAAAUGAUGAUGAUGAUGAUGAAUUAUCUGAUGUAUUUGAUGAUGGGGAACUAAGUUUUGACUAUGGGCAGAAUGACCAUGAACAAGAUGGUUUUUCUACAGCACGGAAUUCUAUGGAGUUGGAUCAAUCAGACCUUACAUUCCCAGUAAUUGCAAAAGCAGAGGCUCCGAAGGAAAUUCUAGAUAGAAGAUGCAGGAAAUCCUUUUCAUGUAAGGGGGAAAUUAGGGCAAGCAGCCAAUCAGCUCCUCUUUUUGUUGAAAGCAAAGAUGAUCCUGCUGGAAAACUUAUGCAGACACGGUCAUCAUUGACACGAAGGUUCAACACCUAUGUAUUGCCAACACCUGUUGAUACAAAGAGUUCAAAUGCUACAGUAUCCAGUAGCAUGGAGCCUAAUGCUACAAAGACAAGUUUAGGGUUAGGUGGGGUUACACACAAUUUGUGGCAUUCAUUGCCAUUGACACCAAAGAAAUAUGAACAGACACUGGGAGAUGAAAAGAUAUCAAGAUCUGGUGGGAUAAAUACACUGUCGGUGCUGAGAGAGAGUAACAAUAAUGCUGCUUCUGCUCAAUUCCCUCCUCCUUUGGCUGAUGGGCUUUUAUAUUCACAGGUUGAUCCACUUGCUGCUUCUGAUUCCAAGAAGAUCAAAAGACAAUCCUUCUCUGGUCCAUUGAGUAAUCAAUGGUCUAACAAACCUGUUUCAUUGGAACCUCCAUUGCUGUACUCUGGACCUAUUUUGAGAAGUCCGAUGCCUCAAAUGAUAUCAUCAUCUCUGAAACUAUCAUCAUCUCCAAAACUCUUAUCGUCUCCAAAAGUAUCUCCAAGUGCCUCCCCUACAUUUUUGUCCUCACCGAAAAUAAGUGAACUUCAUGAACUUCCUAGACCACCAGCCAGUUCUGUCUAUAAAUCUUCGAGGGUUUUAGGUUUGAUGGGUCAUUCAGGGCCCCUUCUGUCCAGAAGUAAAGUGAUUUCUGCUACUAGUAAAUCAGUAGUUUCAAACUCAGCCUCCCCACUGCCAAAACCUCCUCAGGCAAUUACUCGUAGCUUCUCCAUACCCUCAAGCAGUCAUAAAGUAACAGCGAUAACCGUGACCAAGCCAGUUGACUCUUGUCGGAACUCAGAGAUUGCUGAAGAUGUAGCCUCACCUCCUCUAACACCAAUUUCUUUAUCUAACCAAUCAUCAUCAACUGGCCCUGAUCCUAUUCAGGCUGUUGAAAUGAAAGGUGUGGACUAAAUUUUUUCUUUGUCAUGAUAAUUCUUUUCUAACUUAGCCAUCAAAGCUCGUGGGUUGAAUCUCUCAACAUUUCUGACAGGUGCAUGUGUAAAUAUCCUGUUUAUUUUUGUUUAUGAGUGUCUGUGUUAAUCAACUCGUUGUUCUGAUGGGGCACUCAAGGUAAAUCAAAUAGUGAUUUGUACAUGUGCUUCAUUUAUUUGGGGAGUUUUGUUUGUUAUGCAAGAAAUUAAUAGCCAGUUCCAUAUUUCCUCAUGAGAAAUGCUUUCUCUUCCAGAAGUAGGUGUAUUAGGAUUAAUUUAUCGUUAGUAUAUUUAUACAUUUAAUUCAAAAUGCAAACCCAAGUAGGAACGAGAAUUGAUAGAAUUAAGAUAAUAGUUGUGAUUUAUAAUAGUAUUCUAGUCCAUCAUUCAAUUCAUAAUUUGAUUUGUUAAGAAAAAAAUCCAUCAUCGCAGAAUUUAAUAUAAUGAGAAGAAUUGUGAGUUUAUGAUAAAUGAUGAUCUAUUCCUGCAUAUUAAGUGAUUGAAGUCAAGGAUUAGAACGAGAAUAGAAUAGGAUUUGAAUAAUACCAACUGUUGAACUGCUUCUGGUUCAAUUUGCAUUUUGUUCUAGUUAAAUUUGCAUCAUUCUUAUAUGUCAAAACUAAUAUGAAGAGUAGAAGUAAAAUUAGGUGGGAAUGAAAUUAAAUUAAAGGAGAGAUCCGUAACAUGUUGAAUUGGAACAUGUUAUAUGUCUGGUGGCCUCAGUUUCAUCCAUUAGCCCCCCUUGAAUCCUCAAAGGUGGGACUGUAGUUCCUACUUUAAUUCAUAGGUAUUGAAUCUCCAUCUACAUGUCCAAACUAAUGUAGGGGUUAGAGGUAGGAAUUACAUGGGAAUUUUUAAGAAUUGAAUCAAAAGGAAACUUACUGUUUUACUUACAAUAUAUUAGUUUGAUUUAUCUUGCGGCUCCCAAAUGCAGAUACAAGUCUGCGUCAUGUAUUAGGUGCUCGAAUGACCUGUGAGCAGCGGCCAGUGGAAAUCACAUAACCUUGUGCUCUGGUUUGGAUUUUUGGUUUGAGUUUUCAAUAGAUUUUUAAUCCUAUCUUUUCUUAACCAUCUGAUCUCGGUACAAAUGAAGAUCAUAUUUCAAAUUUGAUGUUAUCAACUGAAGUACAAGUUGUUACCAUGUUGGAUAGAACUUACCUUUUAAACUGGAUCCUAAAAUCUUAAGUUCCCAUCAAAUAAUUUUAGUUGUAGGAAAGAGAAUCAUUUCUAAAAGUUCUCUAAUGAACACCAACGGUAAUUGGUAAGAGAUGUGUGGCUGUAAUACUGUGCUGAGCAACAUUGGCAGAGAUCUAUUAGGAUUCAAGACCCUUGUUGCUUGAUAUUAGGUGCAAGUAUCCAUUAUGGUUGGUAGAAUUAGAUGUCUCUAACUCGAGAAAUAUUUAUCGUUAAAGAUACGAGGAUUGGGUCAAUAAGAGUCCAAAUUGGUUUUGGAUACUUAAUGUAUAUUUGAAAAAGAAAUAACACGACUAAUAUAAGCCCACAGGAAAUAAAGAGGAUAUAACAAAGUACGGUCUGGAAGACAUGGAUUCACAUUGCAGUGAAAAUGAAAUAUGUGUUUUGAGUAUUCACUAUUAAAAAAAUGAAAUUUAGACAUUUAAAAACCAGUUCUUUAAAAAAAAAAAAAAUUCUUUUUAACUCCUUAACUAUAUAAUUGUCUUCAUGUUAUAAUAGAUGCUACCUUUUAGUUCUAGACCAUCAAGUGUCAAACAUGCAUGUCAUGUGUUGGACACAGAUACCACGUACACCAAUAUUAUGUCGCAUCUAAUGCAAGAAUGACACUAAAAUUAGUGAGCGUAAGCAAAAUGGUCCAGAAUGGAAACCCAAUACAUAUUGAGCUCAAUUUGUUCAAUGGUUUCUGUCAACGUUUCUUCUCUGGAUUGUGGUGUUUGUAAUAUAGGCAAUAAGCCAAGGAAUUAUCGGCUUAGUGCUUUAAUUUUAGUGACCAUGCAGUUUGGUUCAAGAUCCAUGAUUUGGGCACGUACCUUGUGUAUAUCUGGGAAUUAACUUUUUCCAUCAGGAGGCAACUUAGAAGCUAAGAGCUAAGGAAUCAAUACAUGCUUUAACCGUGUCGUCUGAAGAGUAUUUCGGUCUGUUAUUAGAAGGUUCGGCCACUUCCAGAGAGGAGGUUAUCUUUCCUUCAAUCUGACUGUCUUUCCUCUCUAGGUUCAGUAUUAAUCACCUUCAGUUCCCAAACUGCCAGGUUCAUCAUUAUUUGGUAAAUCACCAUUACUUGAUAUUUCAGUCUCCUUUUAAUUGAGCAUCAGCAACCGAGUCUUUAUUCUCUCCCAAUUUUUGUAGGACUAGUCUUUACUCUCCUUGAGUGACGAGUUGUAAGAUUCGUUACUUCUGUGGAAGGACUAGUUUUUGCUUUUCUGAGAUUUACGACAUUUUUGGUCCUGACAUUCAUUUAGUACAAGCUCUAAAUUAUACUAUUGCUGUUGUUAUUACUACGUCAAAAGAGUAGACGUCUUAUCCUACGACAGAAUAGGGGAGUUAUGUAUAGAAACUAUGAGG